AUGCGGCCUUCAAAGUUUAUUCGCUUCUAUCUUUGUUUUGCUUUUGUUUUCAAAACCGUAUUGUCCACUAAAACCAACGUAACAGGUCCUGAUGGGAACGUUUUCAUUACGGGAGAUCAUAAUGAAGUUGUUGUGUCUACUGCGCGAGAGGCGAAAAUUAAUCUCGUUGACAAGGGCACAGCGAAAGGAGAGUCAAUGAACAAAGGAAAUAUGAAGGUUUUGACCAAACUACAUGCUUUGGAGAAGCGGGUGAAAUCCAUGGAGAAGAUUGAAAGAAACCUGAGAGUGAUGAACCAAAGCGUACAAUCUUUGUUCAGAACAAUGGAGAAGAAAGAUCAAUCGAUCUUGAAGAAACUCAAGGGCUUCGAUGAUAAUCGAAACUCCUCCAGUGCCGAGAUUAGAAGGCAACAGGAUGGAAUGAACCAAACAAUCAUUUAUUUGUCCGAAACGGUUGCGGCUCUGAAAGAAAGCAACAGAAAAAUGAAGAAGUCAAAUUCUGAACUACUUGUGAAGUUGAUGUAAAUCUCUCAGAGAUUAUCGUCUUUCGAAAGACAUGGUACUUUUGUCUUCGUACUUUCACGUGAUCCAGUACUUUAAAAUUCACUAAAAAAGAUCAUCUUUUAUUGUUUUUUUCGAAAGUUAAACAAAUUGAACCGAAAAGUAAAGUUCGUUUCUCCUUCAAAGUGUUAAAAUGUUUUUACCUCUUUCACUUCAUGACUCGAUCAGCUUUUAUUAUUCUCUUGCAUAUAUAUAUAUAUAAAAUUUUCGACAAUUGCAAUUGACCAAUGCAUUGAAACUAAUAAAUUCGGUACAGCACGAAAAAUUCUACUUUUAAAAUUCCUUCAUAUCUCUUAACAGCAAACAAGUACGCUUUGCAUUUUCCGCGAAAAGGGACCAGUGAUUAUGCCAUCAUAUAAGGCGAGGAAUGCCAAGCCUUAAAGGAGUUACAGCAUGUCUGUGGAUGAAGACCUCUGAUACAGGGAAUUGGGGAACACCUCUGCACUAUGCCGUACCUCAAGUCGACGAAGAACUUGUUCUUUACGAUUACCGAAAGUUUGUGAUCUAUGUGAGAAACUCUGGCUGGUAGAAACAUUUUUGAGAAAGCGUUAAGACGGACUAUAAUCACGUAGUCGAGGAAAGAAGUUAAAAUAGGGAAAAAACCGAUAAAGUAUUUUACCAGUACGGAGAAAAUCCGUCUACCAUAUGUAAGAGAUCGUAUAGCUAUGCUUUUGAUGAUAAUAACGGUGCAAACCGAAACUUAUGACGGUGUCUGACUACACUGCAGCCCUUGUAGCGGAGUUUUUCAGACCGUCCAUUUAUGGACGCAGUGCAAUUCACAAAUUAAUGUAAGGUAUACACAAUGCAAGCUGAAGAAGCUGAAAUAAGAACAGAGAUAGGCAUUGAAUUAUUUGGUAGAUGUGAUAUGUUUUUAAAAACUUAUUCAUGAAGCAUGCUAUUACGUUUUUAGGAGAACUUCUGUAUCGGCAAACGAUGAAAAAUGGCAUCAUAUCUGUGUUACAUGGGAGAAUACCGCUGGAUCCUGGAGGCUGUAUAAAGACGGUAAAGUCGAAGCCAGUGGUAGAGGGCUAGAAACAGGUGACUUAGAAACAUAAAAGGACCUACACCCGAUUAAAUAUCCCUCUAUAUCAUUUCUAUAACCAUCAUUAAUAGUUUGACAAAUUCAAGUUUUUAAAGAAUGAUGAUAAAUGAGAAAAGACUGAUCGAAGUCUUAAUUCGGAUUUGAUUCACAAUUCAGUUUAUUAAUUUUCAAUCAGCUUUAGCCUAUAGUUAUAAUUCUAAAUUUCAAAUAUUAACAUGAUACUGACAAGUAUAACUAAGGUUUUUUUUUAACUUUGAUGUCCGAUUUAGACCACAUGCCGUAUACAGGUAAUUAGUUCAAAUGUCAAUUUUCACCUGAGCGAGGUUGUCCUUUUGCUGUGUGAAACAUUUCUUAUUGCUUGUCUCAGUUUCACCCACUGCAUUUGAAAGGCCUAGGAUAACAAUAUUCAUGCAACAAUUUCUUGUAGCAUGCCAGUUAAAGGGAAGGAUGAUAACGAUGUUAAGGUAUCUCUCAAUUCUCCUGUAAUUUUCAAAGGUAACAUGAUUCGUCCCGGAGGAGCAUUGGUUCUAGGUCAAGAGCAAGACUCAGUUGGAGGACGUUUUGAAGCCAGUCAGUCUUUCAUUGGAGAGCUAACAGAUGUUAAUAUCUGGGAUCACGUCAUAAAAGAGCAAGAAAUCAAGCGCAUGUCCAAGUCAUGUCUAACUGGAGUGGGGAACUUGUUCCAGUGGCCCGACUUUAAGUCUCACAUUAAAGGCUCAGUGAAGAUAAUAGAGCCUUCUUGUUAG